AUGGAGUUUGAUAGUGCAUCAUAUCCACAGCCAAAAAAGCGGCAAUUCAUUCCUACUUUUGACUCAGUCUUUGGAGACCCAAAAAAGAGAAAAAACGCAUCAGGCCCUCAAAUAGUAGAACAGCAUUCUUACUAUCCUUUAAGUUGGAAUAAAAGAAAUGAGCUAGAAGACAUCGCAUCUUCUUCAUCAAUUGAACGAGAUAACUUGAUAAACCACGCUCUCUAUAACUCCCAGCAGCCAUUUCACCAAAUCCAGCCAAAGCCAGCCAAAUCUACCAAGCCAAUCCCUUUCACUUUCCACACAGAUAACAGAAUUCGCAUGCCAGACCCAAACGAGAUGAAAACACGCGAACAAAGGGAGCUCGAAGAAAUUGCCCAAAGGCCAAAAUUCAAAGCAAGGCCAGUUCCAAAGUCGCUCUACGCUCAAAAUAAGAUCAAAUUAAACCCAAAAAUCCCAACCCAGCCUUUAGACAUAAAGCUUCAUACAGCCCAAAGGGCUAAAAAUGAAAAUAAUGAAAUCUAUGAAAACAAUUACCAAGGCUUUAAGGCUCUGCCUUUAAAAAAAGAAAUCCUGGAAAGGCCUGACUUUAUUCCUGUAAAAAUCCCUAAAAAGCCGACAAUGCCUAUGGAAUUUGAGCUUGAGACUGCGAAAAGAGCUGCUCAGUCUCAAAAUAUUUCAUUUGAAUCUGACUAUUCACAAGCUGAUAAUAAAUCGAGACCUAUAGGAAGCUUGAAUUACUCUUACCAAGAACUUCCUCCUUACUCAAAAGUCCAGCCUUUUACCUUAAUGACUGAAUUAAGAGGUCAAGAGAAAUCUCAAAUGUUUCAAUAUCAGGUAGAAAAGGAAAGAGAAAAACAAGAAAAAAUGACGGCCUUCACAGCUAAGCCAAUGCCUUCAUUUGAAGCUCCUUCUUUUACUAGAUAUGUUCCUCCACCUACUGUCCCAGAACCUUUUAACUUGUCUAUUAACCAAAAGAAGCCUAGCUCCCAGAAUGAGUCUGAAAUUGGCCAAAAAUUCUAUGCGAGAGAAAUGCCUAAUUUUUCUGACCCUUUUCAGCCAAAACCAUGUGAAAAACCGCCAACUCAGCCUAUGGAUUUUAACCUUCAUACUGACUAUAGAGCUGAGCACUUACGCUUACAAUUAAUUAUUAGAAUAGCUCCCUGUCGAGAUCCGAAGAUCCUUAUUCCCCUCUAUAAUGCUCCACUCGCCUGUUCACCAACAAUCGUAUCACGACUUUCAAAUUUUGCUCCUGCCAGACAUGGGUCUGCACAGUAGGAAAGUUUGGGUCACCUUUCCUUACUCCAGGCCUUCCAGAAAAUUAAAAAAAAUGAAUUUUCUGGCAACUGUCGGUUCAAUGCUAAUUUUGAAGCCCAUGAUGCAACGCCCAGCAUCGUGUUAGACAACUGCCCGAAUGGCCUAGACAUUACUCCAGGCAUAGCUGGGCUUGCCUUUCCAACUCCAAAGUCCUCUUGCUUAUGAGGCAGAAAACCAGCUCUGAAAAUAGACUUAGGCUAGACUCUGUACACCAUCAGAAUUGCUUACCUUGCACAGUGUCCCUUUUCUGAGUUUAUAAAAACCUAACCGGAUAUAAAUAUGUGCUCAAAGGCAGGUGAAGCCAACCCCGAAAGGCUGAGACGCCAUGCUUAUUUGACUAUAGAGCUGAACAAAGAAGCUAUUAUGAUGAACAAAUCAGAGAAAAAGAAAGAGAAAAAGCAUUGAGGAAGCAAAAAGAAGAAAUGGAAGCAAGACAAAGAGAAGAGGAAGAAAUCAAAGCUUUAAGGAAACAGAUGGAAUUUAAAGCCCAACCUAUAUGAGAAGACGCUUUUGUUCCAAAAAUAGUCGAAAAGAAGCUGACGAUGCCAAAUCCGUUCCAUUUCCAGACUGAAUUGAGAGCUCAGAUUAGGGAUCUUUCUAAAAGUAUGGACACUUCAGGGUAUUUGUCAGAUAUGAGCACAAACUUUAGCUUUAACCAAGCGUGAAAUAAUUAA